AUGGGUUAUAAAGAACAUCUUGAAGUAGUGAAAUAUUUACGUUCUAUAGGAUAUAGAGGAACAGAAGCAGCAAUAGAUAAUGCUUUAAUGAAUGGUAACCUUGAAGUACUAAAAUAUUUACAUGAAUUAGGGUAUAGAGGAACAGAAGCAGCAAUAGAUAACGCUUUAAUGAAUGGUAACCUUGAAGUACUAAAAUAUUUACAUGAAUUAGGGUAUAGAGGAACAGAAGCAGCAAUAGAUGAUGCUGCAGAAAAUGGACACCUUGAAGUAGUGAAAUAUUUACAUUCUAUAAGAUAUAGAGGAACAGAAGCAGCAAUAGAUAAUGCUGCAGAAAAUGGACACCUUGAAGUAGUGAAAUAUUUACAUUCAUUAGGAUAUAAAGCAACAGAAGAGACAAUUAAUAUUGCUGUAAAAUAUGAACGCCAUGAAGUACUUGAAUAUUUACAUUCAUUAGGUUAUAAAGUUUCAGAAGAUCUCGAGUGGAUAAGGCGGCGAACUUCUGAACAAGGAGCUAGAGGUUCGACUCCUACCAAUGGCGGCUAUUUUUUUUAA